GGAGGGAGCAAAGAGAGUGAGUUACUCAACUUCUUCCCUGUUUUAUCUCCCGGCGGUGUGGAAGAGCGCAGACGCAGACAGGUCGGGCCUGAGUAGUGUGGAGCUCCUGGGCGUUUUGAUCAGAUAGGGUGGAGUCCCAACGGGAGAAAGGAAUGUAAUACACAGACGAGCCGAGGAACACUAGUGGCAGUACCGCGGAAGGGAUAUACGGCCAUACACAGCGGUUCAAGCAAAAAAGACAAGGUAGUCUACAGGUUGAUGCCCACUUGAGGGUUUGAGUCCCUUCCUCCUAACCCUUGACCCCUAACCCCGACCCCAUCAUGGCCCACCGGUCCCAGAGUUCGGACAUCGGGGACAACCCCCUGGACCCUAACUUCCUGCCCCCCCACUACAGAGAAGAAUACCGUCUCGCCAUUGAUGCUCUGGUGGAGACAGACCUACAGGGCUACUAUGAAUUUCUUCAGACAGCAGAUGUGGUCAACUUUCUCUGUCAACCGGAAAUCGAACACAUCAAGACCACGAUCCAGACACCCAACCAGGCCCCGACCUCGAACGUACCAGAGCUGCCCUAUCAUGAGGCAGACGCAGACGGCUCGUCUGACACCUACUGGCCGUUGCACUCUGACACGGCGGCCCCGGGGUUGGACCUGGGCUGGCCCCUCCAGGCGCACAGCUUCAUCGGCCCCACAGAGGUCACGACCCUGGUCAACCCCAGCGAGCCCGACAUGCCAAGCAUCAAGGAGCAGGCCAGACGACUCAUCAAGAACGCACAGCACGUCAUCGCUGUGGUGAUGGACAUGUUUACAGACGUGGAUCUGUUUUCUGACUUGCUGGAUGCCGCGGCACGUCAAGUUCCCGUCUACAUUCUAUUGGACGAACAGAAUGCCCAUCACUUCGUCUCCAUGGUGAUCAACUGUAAGGUCAACUUGGAUCUUGUCCACAUGAUGCGUGUGCGGACGGUGGCGGGAGUGACCUAUUUCUGUCGGACAGGGAAGUCAUUUAAAGGACAGGUGAAAAACCGCUUUCUAUUGGCUGACUGCAGGGCCGUGCUCAGCGGAAACUACAGUUUCAUGUGGUCCUAUGAGAAGCUGCAUCGCUGCAUCGCUCAUCUCUUCCUGGGAGAACUGGUCACCACCUUUGACGAGGAGUUCCGCAUCCUGUUCGCUCAAUCACAGCCCCUCACUGUUGACCACGCCCUAGUGCCUUUCUCCUCUGACAGCAGCAGCAGCAGUUACUAUGGUAACCAGUUUGGCUUGAAGCGGACCCAGUCCCUGCGAAACCCUCUGAGUUUCCAACGACACACCCCCGAACUUCCGGCCUACCCUUUCGGAGGAGGAGAUUCCGAGCGCUCUGCGUUCCGAAGAGAUGACAUGUUCCGACAUACCAUAGAACCAGGAGGACUGAAUCUUGGGAAGUUUGCAGUGUCACAGCAGUUCAGGAUGCAGCAGAGCCGCUCCAUGGUCUCCAGGCAGAUGGAGAUAAGCGCCAGUGACUAUAAGAGGCACAGCUAUGCAGAGGGAACCCAGGAGAGCUACACCUCUUCCAGACAGUACAUGAAGCACAGAGUCAUGAACAACCUGGAUGAGACAGAGCAGCACUACCACAGGGAGCAGAGCCAGUCCAGCCACUACUACCAGGGUGGUGAGGGACCUGGGUUAGGGCUGGGGUCAGGGCUAGAAGGACCUGGCUCAGGCCAUGGACACUACGACAGGCUGAGGAACAGACCAGCACUGGACCAGUACUCUGACUCAGGCUACCCCUAUGAGGAACCUCCUGGUCCAGAGGGCUACGGCAGAGACUACUUCUCCUCUGAGGACCUGAAACAUGACCCGGGACAUCCACCAGCAGGGGGAAGGUACGGAGGUGGCAGUGGCCACAAGAGGCCGACGGUGGGCCAGCCCUACGCCUGCCUGUCAUCCCCCACCCAUCCGCACCCCCCAGAGAAGCAGGUAUUUCCUGUUCCAGCGGAGGCAGACCACGACCAGGACCCCAACGUCAGACAGGGCCUCCGCAGCUGGAGGAUCAACUCCUACCUCAGCGCCUACGGGGACACAGGAGAGGAGGGGCUGCCCCAACCUCUGGGCCCUGAUGCUUUCCAAGACCCUGAGUCUGAUGGGAAAUCGUACGCCCAUGAGGCAAGAGAGCCUCCGAAUGUCCCCUCCAAGCCGAGACCGGAUAUCCGACCGCUGCACUACAGCAAGCCAUUCAUGCCUGAGAGCAUGGGGAAGGACAGGGCUGACCGAUGGACCACAGAGUGGGAGAGAGAGAGAGAGAAAGAGCGGGCGGUGGGGGGGAGGGAGGUGGGUGCAGACGUGGAGAUGCCGUCGUCGAGGGAGGCUCCGGGGGAGGUCUCGAUCUCCAAACACGAGACGGUCCGGAUGCGGGUCAACCCGAUGCUCCAGAGGAGUUCCCGGCUGCGCUCCUCCCUCAUCUUCUCCUCCUCCAAGACGGAGACCCACAUGGGAGGCCUGGGCAUGAAGGUGGCCAACGAGGAGGACGAGAAUUCCGACUCGCUCCGCACCACCUCCAUCGUCCAACAGAUCCUGGACAAGAGACGCUCCUUGACCCGGGAACCCUUUGAGUGGAGGAAGAAGGCAGAGGAGAACGAGAGAGAGAAGGAGAAAGAAGAGAAGGAGAAAGAAAAGAAAGAGGCUUGGUUGAAAGAGGAGGCUGAGCCAAAGAAAGAGCCCCCCAAAGUAACCCCAGCCAACAGAGAGGUGCCUAAGAACCCCCUGGCCGAGGUGGAGACCACGAAAGUCACCCCAGCAUCUGCAGAUCCCCCUAAAUCCCAGGCAUUGAACAUGAACAACCCUUCCAAUAGACUGCAGUACUUCAUGGAGCUGGCUGCUAAGAGGAACGCAUCUAAAGAGGCUGUGAUAAAAGAACCUCCUCAGAAGACACCAGACCUUCCAGACACUCCUUCUUCCAGCACGACCGCCACCACCUCGGUCCCCAAAGUCCCCUCAUUUUUCGUGACUGCUCCAGAGCCUGCCCCAAAGAAACCACAAGUCGCAGCCACACCAGAGCUAAAAUGUAAACUGUCCAUCACCCCAAGUUUCAAAAUCUCAGAGCCUGCCGCUUCUACCACAGCCCAGAGAAAAGACAGCAGCUCGGAGUCGCAGAGGAAAGAGAAAGAGCCCGGUAAGAUUCUAAAGCCAUUCCCUUCUCCGAAGAUCUUCAAGAGGGACACUCUGAAGCCGUUCAAGAGCUCCAACCCACGCCACGUCUCCUGCGAUGAGGAAAUGCUAACAACGGACGCCACAGACGCAGAGAAAAGCGAGCUGAAGAAGUCUCGCUCCAAAAGCUCGUCCAGUAUGUCACAGACCGAGUCUAAGGACGGGCUCCACAAGAACCUGGGCUCCAACACCUCCCUCAACACCCUGGGAGGGGAGGGAAAGGCCGACACCAAGCCCCUAGACUUCCUCAAGAAGCAGACCCAAAGACUCAAAGGUUUCCUGGGACCCAAGGACAAGAAGAGCUCCGGUGGUGCGACAUCGGCAUCCAACGGAGACGAAAAGACCAUGAGAACUGUGCCGGAAAGCUCAGAGGAGCCUGUGAUCGCCGCUAAACACCUGAGCUCCACCGCUGACGCUAAAGCCACAGACUAUGCCACCUCCUCAGCCAAUCACAAAGCUGCGUCCAAAACGACAGGUCUGUCUCGGUACCAGAGCUCCAGUGGCUCAGUUCUGUUCAGUAGCAACCUGAGAGACGACACCAAGGUCAUCCUGGAACAGAUCUCUGCCAACAGCCAGAAGAACCGUCUGGAGCGAGGAGGAGGAGAGGAGGCCGGAGGGGAGAAGGGCGUAGACGUAGUGGGGGAGAAAGGAGGGCUGGAGAGGGAGCCGACGCUCAAAAAGAACCGCUUCCAGAGGCCCCAGGUCAACCCUCAGGAGAGAGAUAGCCUCCUGAAGAGGAUCGAGAGCAUGAGGAAGGACAAGAAGGUCUACAGCCGCUUUGAGAUGGGGAAUAACCUGGGAUAACUAAAGAUGGCUGAAGAACAUAUUGACUGGAAGCUGAGUGUGUGUGUGUGGAGGACGUGCAAACACACACCAACAUGCACACACACAUCGUUCACAUUCAGCAACAUAUGUGCCAAACACAUCAUCAGAAGACCAGAGAGAGAGGGAGAACACUGAACACAA